UCAAUUCACGUUGAACCUUCGUCGAAGUAACACUGUAGAGAUCAAAUCAGUAAAGCGUAUUACUCGAGUGUUCGAAAAUAUUCUGUUUAAAUUCUCUGUGCACGGUAAAAUCCUACGUUCGUACAAUACUUUAAUAAUUUGGAACGUCGUAGAGAUUAUUCUAUUUGAAAUCAUUAUAUAGUGCGAAAUCGUUCUCCACGUUAUAUGUCAAUGCAAUAGAAAAUUAUGAAUACGUAAUUUUCAAGAGAAGUGAUUGUAAUCGGAGUGGUAAAAGUUCGGCACAAGAAUAGAUAGCUUUAAGAAUAAUGAAUAAUCGCAGAAAGUCGAUUUGCAGUCGAUUGUGCGUGAUGCUGACGAUUGCUAUCAUCGCGUGUAUGUUGGUAUUUAUCAAGACCAGUGAGGGCAGGCCUCACAUCAGGCACCACCGGGACGGCGUGCACUGCAGCAGAUGCGGUCCAGGUUGGGGCGUGAUCAGGCGCUGCGCCCGCGGCCGCGACACCGUGUGCGGAAAGUGUCCGGCCGGCACGUACAGCCCGCACCACGGCACGCAGCGCUGCUGGAACUGCGCCAGAUGCGGCCCGGGUCUCUACGAAGCGCAUCCGUGCACCUCGCGCAGCGACACCGUCUGCGACUCCUGUCAUCGCCCGACGCCGGACAACCCCGACUAUCGGCGCAAGUGCGAGGGUCGCGCGACAUUCUUUCUCGCCCCCGAGGACGCGCAAAGCACCGCCGAGGAGAGCGUCCUGGUGAACGAGCCGGCCUACCGUUUCCAGCUCAACGACCGGGACCAGAUACUCGAGAGAGACGUCGAGGCCAUCCUGAGGGACAAGUCGGCCACUCGCUCGGAGGAUCUAUCGAGGAUCUAAUCACCGUAUGAAACGAUACUCUCACCCUCGUUCAAUAUGUUAGAGUAUACACGUAGUCUCUCCGUCUUUCACGGACAAGACGGAAACGGAAAGUAUACGGGAUGUAUCUAAAUAAGGGCGACACAUUUUGGGAGAUGAAUCUUUGUCGAAAAUUAGAGAGGGUGAAAAAUUAGCUUUUUAAUUUUUUUCU